AUGCCUGCAGUUUUGCAAAGAAAUUGUACAUAUUGGACUCUGCUCCAGACCCUACUGAUCCUCACCUAUGUCUGGAGCAACGCCAAUGCCAUGCCCGAAGCCGACGCCGUCACCGUAUACAACACAGUGCAACGGACCUCUGUCGUUGAGGCAACACCGACAGCUCCAAUGCCUGCAUCGUACACGUCACUUGACGACUUCAAAGACACCAUGUUGAAAACAACGAACAACUACCGGAAAAUUUACCAAGCAGAUUCUCUAUCCUGGAAUGAUGAGCUCGCGGACUACUCACGCAAAUGGGCGAAGGGAUGCCUUUGGAAACACUCGGACGGACAAUAUGGCGAAAAUCUUGCAUUUGGCUAUCCAAACACAUCUGCCGCGGUAGAUGCGUGGGCCGACGAGGUCAAAUUGUACAAUUUCAACAAGCCCACCGGCUUCUCUGAGAAAACUGGCCACUUCACGCAGCUCGUUUGGCAAUCGACGACGGAAGUGGGCUGUGCAGCUAUCAAUUGCGGAUUUGACAAGAACAAGAGGUCCAUUCGGGAUGAUGCAUUCAACACUGACGAUGUGAAGAUGGACGACCACCGGAUUCGGCCACGAGAGGCCGAUGGUACAACACGCGCGCAAGGCUGGUAUGUGGUCUGUGAAUAUAAACCGCCGGGAAAUAUUGUCGGCGACAACAACAAAUACUUCAAGGAGAACGUCAAGCCUGCGAAUGGGUCAACGAGUCCGUCCUCAUCAACGAGCGCCUCUGGAAGUCAAGAGACAGGCGGAGCAAUGGCGUGGACUGCAACCAGCACACGGUCACUACUCUGGUCUACUGUGGUGGCGAUCACGACUGUCAUGAUCGGGACGAACCUUUACAGCUGA